UGCGCACGCGCGACCCGCGUAAUUUUAAAACCUACUCUGCUAUCGUCGCGAGUCCACGGUACCGGAUAAUUCGCCGUCGGAAACAUCUGCGGCACACCGCUGCGGCUAACUACCGCGUCGUGCAUAAUUAACGCGGUAAUGCGACGAGUUUUAACGAAACUAACGGCGAUUCUCUCGCAGUGUCACGGCUAGUUCGCGGACUUCGAUUUCUUCCUUGUUUAAAAAAACCGAAAGUGUAGUUCGACUUACUACUUGUGUAAAAAAUCGAUUUGCCAAGCAAAUUUUGUAUCAAUUUUUCCUAUGGAGUUCCCAGCCGCGUCUCAGCUAGGUCAGCUCAGUCGCCGAAGGGACUCUGCGAUAGAAAAAACGAGCGCGAACCUCUCGACGUGGGUCUCCGACCACGUCGAGACGAGCCACUAAGAGAGGCCGUCGAUCGGACGAGCAAGGAAGUCGAAAACUACGAGGAAUCAUCGCCUUGGUAACCGGCCGACAAAACACUGCGUCACUCAGGCGUGAACUCGAUACGUAGUCCAGGAACGCGAAUUCUACCCUUUCCCUAGAUAGAUUUUUCGGUCCGAUUCGAAUCACAUCUAGGAAGACGUUGAUCUCUGCAGUCGACAUCGGUCUUUUUUUCUUCUGUCUGACAUGACAGUACUGGAGGAGCUCGGCUCCGGGCCUCAGGCAUUCAGCAGCUGACGGCGACCAAGCGAUCGUUCAUCCGCGGCAACGCGCUCUACGCUCAAGCAAAGAUGGAUACUAGGUUCACCUGGAUCGUCUCUUUCGGCUUGAUCGCGCUCGUGGUUUCCAAAGGCUGGGCUAUCGAUUGUUUCAAGUGCGUUUCGAUCGACGGCGACAAUAAACCAUGCGACGACCCGUUUCACAACAACGGAAGUCUUGCCUUUUUGGAGUCACCCUGUUUGGGUGGUCGUAAAGGGCGCGAUGGUCUUUUCCCCGCGACAGCGUGCAUCAAAAUAGCGGGGAUAUAUGACGAGUCCGGGAUCUCAUUGACGGUGAGGAGUUGCGCGCUGGACAGCGGAACUUUAACAACCGACUCCGAAAUCAUAAGAAUGUCUCACUGCGGGGGAUUCUACUUCGACGAAAAGUACGUACGCGGUUGCGUUCAAUCGUGCAAUGAUGCAGAUGCCUGCAAUGGAUCUUCACAACGAGCUGCAUCAUUCGUGCUUUUAACGUUAUCGAUCUUUACCGGAUUAAUAUCAGGAGGUCGCCUUACAGAAAACACGCGUUAAUCGAAAUUAUAAAUUAUUGUACAUAUAAGAAAAAUGAUUGCCUCUCGUAUAAUGGACCACUUCGAAUUUAAAAAUGAGCUGACCAAUUUAGCGAUGGACCAAAAAAUGUGUAAUGAUUAUUAUUAUUAUCCUACAGAGAAAAUUCUCAUUUGUGAUUUGUCGUAUUUAUUGGAUGAUCAAUCAAAAGCAAUUUAGAAUCAAACGAAAUUUAUGAACGAAAUUUACACGUUGAGACACUGCAUUACGAAGGAAUCGUAUACGGAAUCAAUAUUUGAUACUACUUGAUAGUUUGCAAAAUAGGAGCAAUAACUGCCAUUAUAAUUAUAAUUACAUCAAAAUAAUCAUUACGAUUUUACAGAUACUCAUGAUGUAGACUUUUUCGUCAAACAUAAUUAUUGCUUGAGAACAUAGUGAAAUAUAU